CCCAGAUACGUGGCAGAUACUGAGCGUCUUAGAAUGGUUGCCAUUCAUGCAGUUUGCGGAAGAAAUUAUCUUGCUUUACUGAUGUUCAGUCUAGACAAUUUUCAAAUAAUAGGGCUUGCUUUUAGCUAAAAUUUCAGUAGCCUUUAAAUUCAUUUACAUCUGGUCCAAUGUUUAAAGAAUAUGUUGGACAAGACAAAUUGCUCAAGAAAAGGAUAUUUAUAUUUAUUAUUAUUUUCACUGCUGUUGAAAUAGCAGACUGCGCUGAAAAGAAAACAUGUGAAAAGCCAUGGAGAACAUUCAAGAAUGUCUGCUUCAUGUUCUCAGAUACCAACACUCAAAAAUAUGAAGAAGCGCAAGCUUUCUGUUACAAGCAAGGUGGAUUCCUAGCAAGCAUUAGGAACAGCGGGGAGCAUGGUUUCAUUGUCAAGACCAUCCAAGGAAUGGGUUCUUCAUAUCAACGAGUUCGGUGGUUCAUAGGCCUUUACCAGUACGAACCAAAAGAUAACAAAGCAUACCGUUGGCUAGACGGCAGCGUUUCUGGCUUCAGGAAUUGGAUGACAUCUCAACCCAACUCUGUUUAUGAACGCUGUGCUAUGCUAGAUGGAAGCAAUGGUUUCAAAUGGAGAGAUGAAGUUUGCAAUAAUCGAGCGCUUUUCAUCUGUAGAAAAGACUUGGAUGAUAGUGGGUCAAUGAACUGCUUCAAGGGUAAGCCACCCCCUGCAAGCAUACUGCAAAAGAGAGGCAUAAGCGUCACAGAAUGCUUGGAGCACUGCAGGGGCCUGGGUUUUCCACUUGCUGGCCUCAUUCCUCACAAUUGUUUCUGUCUGGGAAAAGAAAAUUUGUCCAACAUGAAAGCUGCGUCCCGGCUGUCCUGUGACGGAAAUUGCGGAAACCAGCACUGCGGAAACAAAGACUUCAUAACCAUAUACAACCUCACUUAUUACAAGGAUACGGCAGAAUCGUGUGAAGAUCUUUCUCAGUUGGGGUUCUCGAGCCCAAGUACUUACGUUACCAAAGUAGGGGACGAGGAAAAGUUAAUGAACUGCUUCAGCGGUGAUGGUGAUUAUCUCCUUUUUAACUCAAAACACGCUCCAGGCAUGCACUUAGCCCUCUAGUUAGGAGUACAAUCUCUUUUAAAAACAGAAAAACAUCUUUUUUUAGUUUAAAAAAAAAUGAAAAUCUAUCAUUUUUUAAAUUAUAUUUUAUAUAAAAUGCAUGCAUUUUGACAAUACCUAGAUAUUUUUUUUUAUUUAAGCUUUUGAAUCGAUUUAGUUUUAAUUUUUCAUUAAUUUGAUAAAAGCUUACUGAAAUUCUUUAUAAUUUAAAAAAUACCUUGCAUCUUGAUUUUCACGACGAUCGCUAUUGAAACGACGCCAAGAAUAACGCCAAGCUAAAAACCCAAAGUGAAAGUGUGUAUGAUUGCUCUUAGUUUGGCUACUUUUUCUACAUGAUGUGGAAAUUUAUCGCGGUCACGGUGGAAAUCAAGUUGUACCAAAAAUAGAAAUUUUAUAUAAACUUGAUAGCUAAAAUUGGUAAUAUUCAGCUAAAAAAAUAACUGCAUAAAACUAA